AUGUCAUGGUUCCACCUACACAAACACAGACACAGGCAGCAGAGCCGUGUGAGGAGAUUCUAUCCUGGUGGAGACCUGAUGGACUUCUUUAAUCCACCUCACAACUCAGACCUUGAUUCCCCAUCAACAGUCACGCAACCCAACAGCCUGGAAGUCCACUGGUUUACAGUCAGGGAUCGGACCUCCCUGUUAGCUCAGCUCUCUGACGGUGUUGGUGGUAUGUUGGUAGUACGAGUGGCUUCUCACAGCAAACACCCUGGAGUCCCUCUAGUGGCAGGUUCUGGGAUGAGCUCAGAGGUGCUCACACUGCAGGAUGUACUGCAGCUGCUCGGGCAGAGAGCUGAUGCUCCCUGGGGUGUUUACCUGCAGAUCCGUACUCAGCAGCUUCUGGAAGCCUCCCUGGAACUGCUGCACUCAGCCUACAGCAGAGAGGAGCUCUACAGGCCCAUCUGGAUCAGCAUGGAGGGUUUACAGAGCACUGACGACACCAAGGAGUUUGCAUCCAAAGUAGAGGAGCUGUUCCCGUACGUCACCCUCGUCCUUCAAGAACCAAACUGGCCUCCUCUGAUCCCAGAGACAGUGACGGGUUUAUCUCAGAGGGUGGCUCUACGUCUGGACUCGCUGCCUGAAGGACAGGAGGCGCUGAGGUCUCUGGUGGAGUUGAUGGACAGAUACGACCUUAUAGUGGAAGACGCCACGAAAACCAGCGCUGCAGAGUUUAUUAAAGGACUUCUGACUCAGCGUGAAGGAGGAGCAAACACAAACCUCUACAUGAUACCAGACCAACCCUGAGGACAAAUAUGAUCACCCCAAAAUUCAGCAUUAAAAAAGAGGAAUGUGUGUUA